AUGUGUGUAUGCAGCCGCCUCAUCUUCACCCACUGCAGCCACAUCGUCACCGACUCAUUCCCCUUCCGCCUCUGCCAAGCUCAGAAAGAAUACCUAGCCGGCUUCGGGGCCGAGCCAUGCAAAACCAAAAGCCAACACGGAUGGGUCUCGCGCAGGUGGCACAGUAAGUGUCCCAAGUGCGUCGCUCUGGACGAGGCGCUGGGACAGGCCAAGGAUAUAAUUAAUAAAGCCAAGAGAGCCCUCGGGGAGAAUAAUGCGACUUAUCGCGCUGUUCUGAUUGAGGUUGGCAUUAAGCUACCGGAUGAGGGCCCUUUGGAUGGCAAUGGUGACAAUGGUGACAAGGGUAAGGAGUGUGGGGGGGAAGGUGUUAAAAAUAUCGAGAAUGAGGAGAAGAAGCGUAAGGAAGAGGAAAAGAAGCAGCGUAAAGAGAAAGAAGCUGCUGGUAUUGCAGAGUUCUUGAGGAAGAGGAAGGAGGACCCAAAUGCUGCCUUGUAUAUGUAG